AUGUCAGCGGUGUGGAUCAGCUCCUCGCUACUGAGGUCCAGGGCAACUCACCUCAGACAGCUCAGUGUGUUCUCUAGAAGGGCUGUGUUACAACCUCUACUGGUGGUCUCCUCACUACAGAAGACAUGGACACCUGGGAACCCAACCUGGUGCUGUAGAUCCCUCCAUGUGGACAGUCCCCCCCUGGUCCCAGGGCAGAGCUUCAGCUACGUCCAUGGGGCCUCCUCAGUGUCCCUGCUGGGCCAGACGGUGGGUCAGAGUUUGCAGGCGGCAGCUGACCGCUGGCCCCACAGAGAGGCCCUGGUGUUCCUGCAGGAUGGAGUCCGUAAGACCUUCUCCCAGUUUCAGGAGGACGUUGACCAGGCCGCUGCAGGUCUCCUGGCCCUGGGUCUGAAGAGAGGGGACAGACUAGGAGUCUGGGGGCCCAACACAUACCACUGGAUCCUGUUUCAGUUUGCCACAGCCAAGGCUGGCAUCAUACUGGUGUCGAUAAACCCAGCCUAUCAGCUGAAGGAGCUGGAGUUCACCCUGGGGAAGGUGCAGUGUAAAGCUGUGGUGUGUCCCACCCAGUUUAAGACCCAGAGGUUCUGUGACAUGCUGAGACAGAUCUGCCCAGAGAUGAACACAGCAGAGUCAGGGGUCUUCAGGAGCUCCAGACUACCAGACCUGCGUAUGGUGAUUGUGACAGACAGCAGACAGACAGGGACUGUACAUGUAGAGGAUGUGAUGCAGGCUGGAAGCAGACAGCACCACCAGGAGCUGCAGGACCUGCAGACCAAACUGUCCUUCGACGACCCCAUCAACAUACAGUUCACAUCCGGAACAACAGGAAAUCCUAAAGGUGCCACCCUCUCCCACCACAACAUCGUCAACAACGCCUAUUUUGUAGGUCUACGUCUGGGAUUCAACUGGAAGCCUAUAAGAGCGUGUGUUCCUGUUCCCCUGUACCACUGCAUGGGCUCAGUGAUCGGAGCGAUGUGUUUGGCACUGCAUGGCAUCACCCUGGUCUUCCCCUCUGCUGGGUACGACAGCCGUGCCAACCUGGAGGCCAUUCAGAAUGAAAGGUGUAAUUUCCUCUACGGAACUCCUACCAUGUACAUUGACAUGCUUGGACAGCCUGACCUACACAACUAUGACCUGUCCUCAGUUGAAUCUGGGUUUAUGAGUGGGUCUCUUUGUCCUCCGGAAGUCAUGAAGAAACUCAAAACUGAUAUGAAUGUCAAUGAUAUGAUAAUAGGCUAUGGGACCACAGAGAACAGCCCUGUAACAUUCCUUGGUUUCCUGCGAGACAACGAGGAACUGAAGACAGAGACGGUGGGAUGCAUCCUGAACCACACUGAGGCGAAGGUGGUGGAUGUGUCCUCUGGAGAGGUGGUUCCUCUGGGGGAUCCAGGAGAGCUGCUGAUCAGAGCUUACUCUGUUAUGUUGGAGUACUGGGAGGACCCAGACAAGACCAGUGAGGCUAUCGCCAAAGACCGCUGGUACAGAACCGGUGACAUAGCCAGUCUGGACAGGUUUGGGUACUGCCGUAUAGUGGGACGUAUAAAGGACAUGAUCAUACGUGGAGGAGAGAACAUCUACCCUGCUGAGAUAGAGAAGUUCCUUCACACCCAUCCCAACGUACAGGAGGCCCAGGUGAUUGGCGUGAGAGAUGAGAGGUUGGGGGAACAGGUGUGUGCCUGUAUCAGACUGAAGGAGGGACUGGACUGCAGCAGAGAGGAGAUCAGAGACUUCUGCAAGGGACAGAUUUCUCACUUCAAGAUCCCCCACUAUGUGGUGUUUGUGGACAGCUAUCCACUGACUGCCUCUGGAAAGAUCCAGAAGAAUAAACUGAGGGAGGAGAUGGAGAAGAAGCUGGCUCUGUGAUGGACAGAGGGACCAAGACAGACUGGGCUAAUAGCAACCCACGUUGAGCACCGUUGAUCUCUCGUUAAACCAUCAAUAAGAUCAUCCGCACAGUGAAUCUGAAUUACAACCACUGACAUUUAGUUGUGGCUGCUGCCAACAUUUUUAUUUGUUUACUAUUUUGUCCUCUGGUGGGUAAUAUCUUCAGAUUAAUCACCUAACUAUUUGACAAUCAUUUUGUUCAAAUGAAAUGAGGCAUUUCCUUGUUUACCACAGAGAAUCUACUGUGGCAGUUGACCCUCCACAUGUUAUGAAUGGAAAGGUCAGGUUGGUGUACCUACUUGUAUUUCCAAUGUAUGUCCAUUAAUGAGUAAUCCAUCCAUUAAUAUAAUCCAUUAACUUGUCUUUAUAAUCAAAAGGGGAACAUACAAUAUCCCUGAACUGUCCACAUCUAACAUUGGUUACUAAAUCAAGCCAAUCAUGAUUUGAGUUAAUAUAAUCUGUUUUCAUUAAGGACUAUGUGUCUGCUUUAAGGGUUGACUUAAUAUAAUCUAUGUAAAAUGGCCGACUAUGUGUCUUCUUUAGAACCACUAAUGUUUUCUGUUCAUUGCUUGUAGUCCUUCACCAACACACUAUUCCACACAGUCUCAGCCAUGUUUAGCUGAAUCAGGUUAAAGAGGCCAGCCGGGAUCUUAAAAACUGCCUGCGUUUUCAACGUUCCGUUUUGAUCUCACACAUGGAUAAAACACUACCUGUAACGUUCUUCAGGCGGAGAAAGCCACGCUAUCCUGACAUUCACCGCUUGACCUCGGCUUAAUCUGUGUCCAGGAAACUGGCCUUAACUCUUCCACCUCUUCCAGAACUCUAGAACUAUCGUUUGGAGUGCUUGCUUAUCCCAUGGUCUAUGAUGUGUCACGAACCGGCUCGACGUUCCGAACAAAAGGGAGACCACGUAGAGACAAGGAAUGACAGAAUAUAGUCAACUGAAUACGAUUAACAAUGGUGUGUGUCAUCAGUAGUGUGAGUGUUUUGCUUGCAUACAUGUGAUACUGCUGGGUGUUGAAAGGUGCCAAAGCAAACAACCCAAAUCUAGAAAGGUGCCUGCAUGGAGUCUCCUCCAUGAAUGGGGAAGUGGUGUAUUUAUCAACAAUGACUAAAUGAUGUAUACAUUUCAAUCAGGACUGACUAAACAGAAUACUAUUAUGUUACUGUAUGGAUGUAUGAAUCUUAUUAUAAUCCUAGUACUGAAUAUAAUGUGUAUAAUUAUAAUCAAGAAUCAGAACAGAGACUGUCUGUUCCUUGGUAGAAAUGAAUGAAUUUAUCGUCAGACUGGCUAGAAUGCGUAUCUACACAGGGAGACCUUGGCCUGGUCGUAAAUGAUCUAAACCGGUGGUGGACGAUGUGGGAAGGCUUGUGAACUCUACUGCCAUUGUAUCGGAGUGAAGGAAGGACAGUUUACAACCUAUGACGUCACUUUUAGUUUAUAACCUGUUGUAAACUGUACCAUGAUCAGUACUCUCGAGAAUAAACGCUAUUGAUUGAUUUUGA